AUGCUACGCUUCAUCGUGACAGCGACAGCAGUAUUAACUACUUCCUCUGCGAUCUACUUCUAUAUAGCCCACCAGAGGCUUUCAAAGGGGAUCAGCCACACUACUCAGCUGGGAACACUCCCCAAACCAACCGAGAUAGAAUCCAUCCCAGCGUGUGUGUCUACUCCACAAUACUUCACCGUUUACGACAAAUGCUCAAAGUCCGUUCCACGAGCUUCUCUCCCAAAUGAGUCCUCGGAAAUCCUGUUCACCCGUCUGCUGCGCCGCAAUAUGACCGUCUUCUCGCGGUUCCCGCAAGCACUCAUGUUGGCGAUGGUGAGCGAGACACCCGAGCAGAAGGAGAGCUUUAAGACUUCACAUAUCGAAGCGCUUGACUUCAAGGAAGGCGAUCUGGUCUGCGGGGCUUAUCAGGUUAAACUUCGCAGGAAGCACAAGGUUGAAUUGGAGAUCAAAACGCAGGGGAUGGAUUUUGCUGAAGGCAGAUUGGUGAUAAGCUUAGGAGAAAUUGAGCAAGACGGAGAGAAUUUGAUGGUAUUCAGUAGUGAGACAGCUAUGUGGAGGAGGGCGGAGGAAAAGCGGAGGAUGCCUUUGGAAAGAGUCGGUCUUAGAUGGAUGCACGAGACUGCUGCUUGGUGGUUACUUGGCUCCGGUGUGAAGUACUUGAUGGAUUUGGAAUGA